CCUGGGGUUACCCAAAACAGCUGAUUGACGCCAAAAGAGAUUGCUAAAUUUGCCGAAAGUUUCUAUUGAAAUGGCUUUAAAUUUGUAAAUUAAAUAGAAUAAUCAACGAAAAGUUCAUGCGCCGCUUGUUUACAUCGGUCAACGCUCAGAUAAUGUCGAAGAACAAGGGGAAGUCGAAGACCACUGCUGAAAGUGCGAAACCAGACGCGAAAUCCACGCCGGCAAAGGAAGCCAGUCCGAUCACAGUGGACAAAAGCGGGAAUAUAUGCAUACAAAUUCUGGCAAAGCCAGGUGCAAAACAGAAUGGAAUCACAGGAAUUGGCCUUGAAGGAGUGGGGGUCCAAAUAGCUGCGCCUCCUAGCGAAGGGGAAGCAAACGCAGAACUGGUCAAGUUCCUCUCGAAAGUUCUCGGUCUGCGAAAGAGCGACGUCUCCCUCGACAAGGGAUCCCGAUCCCGCAACAAGAUUAUCAUGAUCUCCAAAGGAGUCUCCACAGUGGAAGUCAUUGAGCAGAUGCUCCGGAAAGAAUCCGAUUCAUAAAUACUCGCCACCUAAUAAAUGUCCAUUCAAUUAGAUAAUUUUUAAAACACA